AUGGAUGAGGGUGCACUGGCGCGUGUGGCUGUUGUGGUGGGUGCUCGCUCUGUGUGUGUGACGGCUGCUGGGAGUCCUGAAGAUGUAUCUGGUGAUGCGGAUGCGGUGGUUGUGCCGGUGGAUGUGUCGUGUGCUCCGAGUGACGGCAGCCUGAGCUAUCGCGUGUGUGUGCGUGGAAGAAGUGUUCUGCUGCCAGUGCCGAGGCUCAGUGUGAGAAUUAUACUUUCAGUGGCUUUGAUGUGCGCAUGCAUGGCAGGAAUGGUGAGCUGGGUGCUGUGUGCCAUGUGGCCAGUGCGGUGCACACGUGUGGCAACUGUGCUGCCAGCUGUGCAACGAAGGAGGAAGGGGCCACCGCUGCCUUCACGAUGA